CUUUUAUACUCCAAAGAAUCACAACAAAAAAAGAUCCUAUUACCUACAAAAUGUCAGCCGAACAAGCCCUCCAAAUACUCAGCAUAUCCGCUGCCCUUAUUGCCUCAGGCGGCAUAUCUGCCUUCUCCCUCUUCUCCAUCCCCAUGCUAAAGUCCCAACCCGCAUCGCGCUCCCUCCCCAUGGUUCGCUGGCUCUUCUCCCGCGGCUCCCACAUCUUCCCCACCGCCGGCAUCCUCUCGAGCUCCAGCUUCUUCCUCCUCACCUACCUCUCCCUGCCCCCCUCUACCCCACUCUCUUCCUUCCAAUCCCUCUUCCGCGCCGCAGUCCACGGCCAACCAGCAUACUUCCUCGCCGCCUCCGUGCUCUGCAUUAGUAUAGCGCCUAUUACGAGUUUCCUGAUGAUACCAACGAAUUUCACGUUAAUCAGGAUGAAUGAGGAAAUGGGUGGGACGCGGAGUCAGAAGUCGGCGGAGUGGAGGAGGGAGAAGGGAGGUGCAGCUAGGAGUGCGGAUGCGUCGGUGGAUGGGGAGGAUGAUGUUAACCAGUGGAAGGAUUUGAGUCCGCCGCAGCAGAAGACGGGGAGGGAGAGUAGUGAGAAGGAGGAUGCGGAGGUGAGGGCGCUGCUGGAUAAGUUUGCGUGGUUGAAUGCGUUGAGGGCUGUGGCGAUUGGGGCGGGUGGUGUGGUUGGGUUGAUGGGGGUGAUGGCGUAGAGUACUUGUUCGAUCUGGGGGUGUAAAGUGUAUACGAUGUUGUAGUGUGUUGAUUGGUGGAUGGAUUUUGUAGGAUUAUUGUAGGGUUAUUGUAGGAUUUAUGUAUAGGUUGGGAUUGUGGCAUGGCUCGAGUAUACGAGCCAAGAACAUGGGAUUAUACGAGAUGCGAUUUGUACGACGAGCUACUAGUUUUCGUUCUCACUUGCUUGAGAUAUAAGGCUGAUAGUUAUUAUUGAUUACAAUAAAACCA